GUCAUACCUUUUGAAACCCAAGCAAGGACCAGUAACCCCUGCUUACAAGAAUGUGCUCCCUCCCCAUGGCAAAAUACUACAUAAUUAAGGAUGCAGAGCAGAAGGCUCUGUACAUGAGAGAUGGCCAGUUCCUGAUGGGAGAUCCCGAUGCAGACAACUGUCAUGCAGAGACCAUCUGCAUACUCCCCAACAGAGGCCUUGAACGCACCAAGUUCCCCAUCUUCUUGGGGGUUCAGGGAGGUAGCCGUUGCCUGGCAUGUGUGGAGACAGGGGAGGGGCCUUCCCUGCAGCUGGAGGAUGUGAACAUCGAGGACCUGUACAAGGGCGGAGAAGAGGCCAUUCGCUUCACCUUCUUCCAGAGAAGCUCGGGCCCCGCUUUCAGGCUCGAGGCUGCUGCCUGGCCUGGCUGGUUCCUCUCUAGCUCCUCUGAACCCCAUCAGCCCAUGCGACUUAGCAAGGAGAGUGAGCCCUCAGCCCGCACUGAAUUCUACUUUGAACAGAGUCGGUAG